GUAUAAACCAUCAUGGCGGCUAAAGCUUACAAAUUUGGGCUUUGAUAAAUCUCGCUGUGAUUCCCGGCAUUUGUGGGCGCUUACCGCAACGUAUGACACGUAAGAAAAGACGAAGAUCUGCCAGAUUUGAUUCUUCUCAACAUCGUCUUACGUAGACUGCUCGAGUCCCGGCAAAAUGUCUCAGAUUCGCGUAGGCCGCGGGUUCGCCCUCCCACCUUCUUCCCCGGCGCCCAUGGCUUUCCGACGACUUUUGAGCCUAGUUCUCUCACAACAGGUGUUGUUUCUGGUCGUGAUGCUGGCCGCCAUAGCGCACGUAGCGGGCGAGAAGAUGCCCUUCGACAUAGAGGAUCAGGAACAGGAGAAGGCGAUACAAGACAUACAGAAGCGAGAAGUUGCCUCCACAGUGGCCCUGUCUAAAGACGCUGGGAUGAUGAAUGCAGAGCAGGACAGUAUAGUAGGCUCCUACACAAAAGGUGCCAAUCUUGGCUUUAUCCACGCCUUCAUAGCCUCGCUGUCCGUGAUCAUCGUGUCAGAGCUCGGAGACAAGACGUUCUUCAUUGCCGCCAUCAUGGCCAUGAGAUACUCCCGUGUUACGGUGUUCGUGGGCGCUCUGGGGGCGCUGGCUGUCAUGACUAUUCUCUCAGCUCUGAUGGGCUUUGCCACCAUGAUCAUCCCCCGUGUGUACACCUACUACAUCUCCACCGGCCUGUUUGUGAUCUUUGGGCUGAAGAUGCUGAAGGAAGGGUACUACAUGGAGGAGGAUGAGGCACAGGAGGAGUUUGAAGAAGUACAGAGAGAGCUCAAACAAAAAGAUGAAGAGAUUGCUAAACAACUUCUGUUGGAACAAGGCGUAGAUGUUUCGGGCAGGCAGAUGGAGAUGGAGUCUCGGACGCCGGUUACGCAGGACGCGGAGUCAGGAGUGAUCCGGGGAGGCAGCUGGCGGCGAGUCUGGGGAAUCUUCUCUCCCAUCUUCCUCCAGUCCUUCGUCAUGACAUUCCUGGCAGAGUGGGGCGACCGCUCACAGAUCACCACUAUCAUACUCGCAGCACGAGAGGAUGUUUUGGGAGUCACCAUUGGUGGAAUCUUAGGCCACGCCCUUUGUACAGGUCUAGCUGUGAUAGGAGGGAGGAUGAUAGCACAAAGGAUCUCUGUCAGAACAGUCACCCUUGUAGGUGGAGUGGUGUUCCUGAUAUUUGCCCUGUCGGCUUUCUUCAUUGGGCAGGAGGAGGAAUGAAAUUAUGUGCAACUACAUGUAGAAUACUCCAAGCCGUAAAUGUAAUAAAUAGUUUACUAUGUGUAGGGAAUAAGGUAUGAGUUAAGCUGUUCAAUCAGAGUAAGGGUUUAUCAGUUUAAGGCCACACUUAUUUCUUGAUUUUCAAACAUUUAAUUUUUAACGAUUCAGAGAACAAAAUGUCUUGAGAGGAAAACUUGGCUAUCGAUAUUCACUCCCAGAUACUUCCUGAACCAAGGUACAGAAUAACCCCCCAGACUUUUCAGACAGUUCAUCAUCCAGUUAAGCAUUGUCUUUUUUUAAAUAAGGCCAUGUUGAUUUGAUUAUAUGGAUGACAUCC